GCUGUGGACAGAGAAGGAGCGGAGACAUGACGCAUGCGCACAGCUGGUAGGGACGGACAUGCCUAGCCGCGGCGCUGCCCUCUGGGGAGCAAAAGUUGCGGGUUACCUGGCAAGAACUGUGGACUUCUGAAACUUUAAAGACCAGAAACCAGGACAUCAUGUCAACAGCAGGAAUUGCAACGCAGGAGAUGAGAGUCCCCUUAAAGAGCGGCUUCCUCCAUAAUGGGCAAAGCAUAGGGAGCCUGAAGACCUGUUGGACAGGCCACAGUGGGUUUGGAAAUUCAUUCUUCAGCAUGGAUCCCGUAACGAUGGCCUACAGCCUGAACCCAUCGGCUCAGCAUCACUGUGCGUCUGUCGGGCCCGUUUCGAAUCCUGAUCCAGUGAAUGGCCAUAGCCACAAAGAGAACAAGGCCUUGCCUCAGAAAUUCAGCCCGCUCCCCUUUAACCCCAAAAGCGAGCGGCCUACUUCAAACCCCAAAGAUGACCCAAUUCCCAGCUUCAGCAGAUUCUCAAUAAACACAAGCAGCCAUUGCAGUGAGACACCUCCCCACACGCCAGUGGUGAGCAGGACGCUUCUCUCCCCUCCCAUGCCUGCUAGCGAGCGUGGCACCAGACCUCUGCCUCCACUGCCUGUUGCUCAGGAUUUCCUGCACGACGAUGUGGACAGGGAAGUGGAGUUCCUGACCAGUUCGGACACAGACUAUUUGCUGCAAGAUUGUGAAAACCCUGCAUUUAAAACCACUGGGCAGGGUAGGAGGAGCUUUCGGGGCUGCGGGCAGAUCAAUUAUGCCUACUUUGAUGCCCCAGCAGGAACUAAAUCACAAGAUGCCCACUCUGCAGCUGCCCAUAGCGGAUGCACAGCCAGCGCCUGUCCUCCUCCUCCACUACCCCAUCAACUGCACCGGCGAUUGCGGCGCUCACAUUCCGGACCCGCUGGGUCUUUCAACAAGCCAGUUGUGAGGAUAUCGAGCCAUUUCCAUCGAGCAUCUCCCACUUCUGAUGACGAUAAGCCAGAGGUUCCCCCUAGGGUUCCCAUUCCUCCCCGGUCGCUCAAGCCAGACUAUCGGAGGUGGUCGGCCGAAGUUGCUUCCAAUGCUUACAGUGAUGAAGAUAAACCUCCGAAAGUUCCCCCAAGAGAGCCUCUGUCCCGCAGCAAUUCUCGAACUCCGAGCCCCAAAAGCUUGCCACUGUACGUCAACGGGGUCAUGCCGCCCACGCAGAGUUUCGCCCCCGAUCCAAAGUACGUCAGCAGCAAAGCCCUGCAAAGGCAGCACAGCGAAGGUUCUGCCAACAAGGCCCCGUGCAUCCUCCCGAUAAUUGAAAAUGGCAAGAAAGUCAGUUCGACACAUUACUACCUGCUGCCAGAAAGGCCACCAUAUCUGGACAAAUAUGAAAAGUUCUUCCGGGAAGCGGAAGAGACCAGCUUGAGUGCGGAAGGGCAGCCUUGGAACGGUGACUCUGGCACAGCAAAGCUGGACUUGAAAGUAAAGGCAGAUGUGGCCAGUCAUGUGAAGCGCAAACAUCUGCCUUGCAUGGUUUCUCCGUAAAACUCUGGAAGGGCACAGCAGGAAGGUUAAACAAACUGUGAUUGCGAGCAGCUCUCCAAGGACAAAGUAUGGCAGAGCCGCUCUGGCCUGUUAGGAGAAGAGCAAGAAGGGGAUAGCAGAGCUCUUUUGGUGCUGCGUUACUGUGGACAAAGUGGGACCAUUCUUGUUUGAAUGAAAGGACUUGGAGAAACACUUGAGUGUGCAUAGGGUUGGCCAGUUAUUCAAUAUUCUAGAGUAAUAUAUAUGUUUUUAGGAACUCACAUUAGUAGGGAAAAGAAAUGCAGUCUUGCUAACAAGACUAGUGACUUAAGCUGAAAACAAAGGGUGGUUCAGUAUUUUUAUUGGAGGACUUUCAGCGUGACGGCCAUGACAUUUUAAUUUUUUUUUCUGAACGUGUUUCCUGCUCUCCUCUACCUGGCACAAGCUGGUUCUCCUCUGCCAGGAAAUGGCCUUGUUACGGGGUGGGGUGGGGGGUGAGAAAGGAGACUGACAACUCUGGUACCGGUUUCUUGACUUUGCAAACCAAUCAUGGUUUGGAUAAAAGGCUAGUUAUGUGUUCUAGAUUUUGACCGUGGGAGGAGUUUAGAUCUGUUGGCUGGAAUUUGUCUGCAGGGCCUAACCUAAACUGCCCCCCCCCCCCAUUCCUGUACUGAAAAGCACUUGGUAGGAUUCAGUCAGUUAUCUGUUGACUUGGACCAAUAAAUGCCAGCUGCUGCCCACAGCUGCAGUCUUGACAAAUCCCAAGGAAUGGUUAGUGUUGGUCUGCCAGGUAGGGCAACCGUGAAAAAAGCUGUUGCCACCUAAACUGAAAAAGACAGAUCUAGUAGGGAUGGAGAGGACCUUUUUAAAAAAAAUAAAACGGACCAAUUUCUGUUCUUCUAGCAGGAAGUGUAUGAGAUAGCUAGAAAUGGGUCACAAGCUGGUCUUGCGUCCUGGUUCCUGUUUAAUAUUCCAUGAGAAGGUGACUUAUUUUUGUUAAGUCGUUAAUGUCUUUUUUUCCCUCUUGAAGAUGACGGUCUGUGCUUGCCAGUUCUUCCUGUUUCUGAACCUUGGCAGCAGAAGGGCCUCUUCGAGCCAUCUGAGGGUUUGUUGAAAGGUGACGCUUCCCCCCCCCCUUGUGUCCCCUGCCCCCCCCCCCCACUAAAACUUGCACCAGGGGGAAAGGUGCUCUCUGACGGAGGUCUGUCCAUGGUCGUGGUCUCCCGAUGACACACAAAAAUAGCUGUUUACAGUCAAAGAAAUAAAACUGCUGAAUGAAAAGGUGUUCCCUUCCCCUCCCCAUCCCAACUUCUGGAAAGCUUACGUGUUUCUAGUAAAAACACUAUAUGAAGGCAACAUACAUGUUCUGGAAAUAAUGCACUGAGACUUUAAUGCAUCAGGUGUACAGUAUUGGAGAAAGUUCACUUUGUAUUUUUGGAUAUUGUCAUGUCUUGAAUUUAAUAAAAUUAUAAUGUACUUAUUUAUGAAAAUAUAA